AUGACCGAUUCUCGUAUUAUGCUCAUCUCCGGGGCGCCGGACGUCGGCGCCAUUCCCGAACCCGGCGCACGGCAUGAUAAUAAUUGGUAUAACCAAGAUUUCCACGGGUAUCGCGUUACUGAACAACCCGUGUUUACAAAGCGGCACCUACGAGUAGUUUGUGUUGGUGCCGGCGCUUCAGGUAUCCAGCUCGCCUACAAGGCCGAGCGGCUCCUUGAGAACAUCGACCUCCAGAUCUAUGAGAAGAACUCAGACAUCGGUGGCACCUGGCUGGAGAACCGCUAUCCAGGCUGUACCUGCGACAUCCCAUCUCAUUCCUACCAGUUCACUUGGGCGCGGAACCCUACUUGGUCCAGCUUCUACUCUGGCGCCGAAGAAAUCUGGCAGUAUAUGAAGGAUGUUGCCGUCAAGUAUGACUUGGAAAAGUACGUUCAGCUGGACACAAAGGUCCAGUCUGCCGAGUGGGACGAGCAGACCGGUCACUGGAACUUGAAAAUUUCAGGUCCAGAAGGAUCCGCCACUGAGGACUGGUGUGACAUCUUGAUCUCCGCGUCCGGCGUCGUCAACGCGUGGAAGUAUCCUGCAAUCACAGGAAUCGAGACAUACAAGGGGAAGCUGAUGCACUCCGCACGCUGGGACGAUUCAUAUGAUUUGACUGGUAAGACCGUGGCCGUCAUUGGCGGUGGCUCGUCCGCGGUGCAGAUUAUCCCAAACAUCCAGCCCCUAGUCGGCAAGAUGUAUGCCUACUUGCGAUCGGCCUCUUGGAUCACCACCGGAUUUGGUGCCAAGUAUGCCGGACCGGGAGGCACAAAUUUCAAGUAUACAGCCGAGCAGAUUAAAGAAUUCGAGGAGAACCCCGAAGUUCUCAGGAAGUACUGUCGUGACAUUGAAGGAGAAUUGAACAAACGCUUUAACCUCGUGCACGGCAACUCUAACGACCAGAAAAAUUCUAGAGUGCUUAUCGGCAACAUUAUGAAGCAGAGACUCGGCAGCGAGAAGCUUGCCGAAAAGUUGGUCCCUGAAUUUGCUCUUGGCUGUCGCCGAAUGACUCCAGGAUCCGGAUAUCUGGAGAGUCUUUCCAAGGAGAACGUGGAGGUCAUUCACAAGAGCGUUGUGCGUCUGACUGAGGACGGUCUCGUUGAUGAGGACGGUGUUGAGCAGAAAGUCGAUGCUGUCAUCUGCGCCACUGGAUUCGAUACCUCGUUCGCGCCUCAUUUCACGGUCAUCGGCCGGAAAGGAGCAAAUAUCAAACAGCAAUUUGGUGAUUUCCCACAGGGAUACCUCGGUAUCACAGCCGAGAACUUCCCAAAUAUGUUCCUUUUGGCCGGGCCUAAUUGCCCCGCCAGCCACAGUUCGAUUUUGCCAAUCAUGGAGUGGUAUACUCGCUACAUUUUCCAGAUGAUUGAGAAGAUUCAAACAGAAAACAUCAAGUCAUUCGAGGUCAAGGGUGGUGCAGUCAGAGACCUGUUUGACCACACCCACGAGUUAAUGAAGCGCCUGGUUUGGUCGUCGCCCUGCCGCUCAUGGUUCAAGAACGGCAAGAUUCAUGGUCCUGUCACAGCCAUCUAUCCCGGCUCGCGGCUGCAUUUCUUCGAGGUGCUCAAGAAUGUCCGAUGGGAGGAUUAUAAACUGGAAUACAAGACGGCAAAUAGGUUCCAAUUUAUGGGAAAUGGCUUUACACACACUGAAAGCAGCGUCAAUGGUGACCCGGUGUGGUACUUUGAUGAUCCUUUUGUCCUGACUUGA